AUCCUAGUUAUGAAAUUGUGGCAAUUCGGAUUCAGUUGAACCUCAACAUAAGCAAAACAAGAAAAAUCUCAAAGAAUAAAGAAAUAUCUACGACCAUGUGGAGGACUUGUAAUGGCAUGUUCAAUCUUGUUGAGACGACCCUAAUACCCUUAACACUCGCACGAUUAAAUAUAUCAUAUAUGAAUAUGCCAUUACGAGUAAAAUAGAUAGCAUAAAGUCAAAGAGUAUUUUGUAAAGAAAACAGAGAACCUCUCACAAUCCAAUCCAUGAUCCAUCUAUUGUCUUCUCUUCAUUCUCACUUAAGCUAUCCAGUAUUUGGUUGAAUUAAACCUUCAUGGAUUCUUCCCCGAUCAAUAACAUGACCAUAAACCUCUCUCAUGUUGCCGAAGAAGAAGAGGAAGAACCGAGCUCUAGAUUCAAAAAGCUUAUAUCAACGCUUCCAAAGGUUAAAGGGUCAAAUGAUUUCAUGGAUUUGUAUCAGUACCAAGGCUUUUGGUAUCCGUUUGCAAUGCUUCAAGCUAUCAUUUCAACACAAGAAAACUUUAAGUCUUCUUGGAACGAUAUAUACGUUUGUAGUGCUCCUAAAACUGGUUGCACAUGGCUCAAAGCUCUGUGUUACGCGAUUGUAACCAGAGAUCAUUUUAAUAUGGAAAACAGCCCUUUGCUCACUAAUCUUCCUCAUGUUCUCAUCCCUUCCUUGGAAUUUGAUUCUCCGGAAAAUCAUUCCAGUAUGAAGGCUCAGAAUAUUCCUCUUAUAGCCACACAUAUACCAUUUGAUGCUUUACCCAAAUCUGUUCAGUCCUUGGACGGUACAAAGAUGAUUUACUUGUGCAGGGAACCCAAGGACACUUUCAUUUCUCUUUGGCAUUUCAUGCAAAGAUUCACGUGGCUGCAUCAAGGAAAUUCGGAUGAAACAACAGAAUUGUUAAUUUCCUUCGAGGAAGGGUUCGAGUUGUUCUGUGAAGGGAAAACAAUGUGGGGACCCUACUGGGAUCAUGUUUUGGGGUACUGGAAACAAAGUUUAGUCAAGCCAGAAUCACUAUUGUUUCUCAAUUAUGAAGAAUUAACAAAAGACACAUUGUUCUACGUGAGAAAGUUGGCUGAGUUCAUGGGGAAACCAUUUUCAAGGGACGAAGAGGGAGAAGGGUUACCAGAAAGGAUUGUCAAAUUAUGUAGUUUUGAUAACUUGAGCAAUUUGGAGGUGAUUAAGAAUGGGAAGGAUUGGCCAAUUUCCUCUUUGCAGAUAGAUAACAGCGCAUAUUUCAGGAAGGGUAAGCCCGGAGAUUGGAAGAAUCAUCUAACAGAAAACAUGAUAGAAAGAAUGGAUCAUAUCACAAAAGAAAAGCUAAGAGGAUCAAACUUUAAAUUUGGUGUGUCAAACACCACAAAUUCAUAGGCAAAUCCUAUUUCUCUCAAAUGAAAUAAAUUGUAUGUCAGAGUGGUUCCGUUAUAUUUCAGAAUAUUACUAUCGUUAUUUUCUUUUUUGCAUUUCACUUUGUAAUCAAUACUUCGUAUUUCAUGAUUUCUAUUUAAAAUCACGUACGUUCAAGUCUUUCUCAUUUAUCAAGAUGGAUAGAAACUUAUCUCUAA